GCCAGCCCGCGGCCCCCGCGCCGCCGCCGCGCCGCUCUCGCCGCCUCCGACCACAAGACUUGCGCGCUCAUACACACGCGCCUCAAGCUGGGGGACAUCAUGUUGGCGGCAGCGCAGGAGGCGGCGGGCGCGCAGGCUCGCGCGGCGUCAGCUGAUACCAUGGGCGGCGCGCAACAGCCCGCUACUCCGGGGCCCACGUCACUCUUCAUAUUCUCCGACGAAAAUCCUAUACGGAGGUAUACAAAGUUCAUCAUCGAGUGGCCACCCUUCGAGUACGCGGUGCUGCUCACCAUCAUCGCCAACUGCGUGGUGUUGGCGCUGGAGGAGCACCUGCCGAACGGCGACAAGACCAUCCUGGCGCAGAAUCUGGAAAAAACCGAGGAGUUCUUUUUAGGAAUAUUUUGUGUAGAAGCCUCGUUAAAAAUUUUAGCUUUAGGUUUUGUUUUACACAAGGGGUCAUACCUUAGAAACAUUUGGAACAUAAUGGAUUUUUUCGUAGUAGUAACCGGCAUCAUCACGCUGAGGCCGCAGGUCGCGCCCGAAGUCGACUUCAGGACCUUGCGCGCCAUUAGGGUGCUGAGGCCCCUUAAAUUAGUCUCGGGCGUCCCUAGCCUGCAAGUGGUGCUGAAGUCCAUCAUCAAGGCCAUGGCACCGCUGCUGCAGAUCGGCUUGCUCGUGUUAUUCGCCAUCGUCAUUUUCGCUAUCAUCGGCCUCGAGUUCUAUUCCGGGGCGUUGCAUAAGACUUGUUAUAAUUUAGAAGAUAUUAGUGAAAUAUUGAACGAAGGCGACUUGCCGACGCCGUGCAAUGCGGAUAACGAGACGCUGGCGCCGUACGGGGCCCACUCGUGCGAGUACGACAAGAGCACUUGCCUCGAGAAGUGGGAGGGGCCGAACAGGGGAAUCACCUCCUUCGACAACAUCGGCUUCGCUAUGCUCACAGUCUUCCAAUGCAUCACCAUGGAGGGUUGGACUGCUAUACUUUAUUGGACAAAUGACGCGUUAGGCAGUGCGUUCAACUGGAUCUACUUUGUGCCUCUCAUAGUGUUGGGUUCAUUCUUCAUGCUCAACUUAGUUCUCGGAGUCCUUAGCGGUGAGUUCGCUAAAGAAAGAGAGAAAGUAGAAAAUAGACAAGAAUUCCUUAAGUUAAGAAGACAACAGCAACUAGAAAGAGAACUCAACGGUUACGUUGAGUGGAUAUGUAAAGCAGAGGAAGUAAUUUUAGCAGAAGAAAGAACGACAGAAGAGGAGAAAAUGCACAUAAUAGAGGCACGAAGAAGAGCAGCGGCGAAAAAGAAAUUAAAAAACCUGGGCAAGAGUAAAAGCACAGACACAGAGGAGGAGGAACAGGACGAAGACUGUGGAGACGACGGUUUCCUCAAGAGCAAAGCGCGGUCGGCCGGCAAAUGCGCCGAUUUCUGGAGAGCAGAGAAGCGGUUUCGCUUCUGGAUCCGGCAUACUGUGAAGACCCAGUGGUUUUACUGGUUCGUCAUCGUGCUGGUUCUCUUCAACACCAUCUGCGUGGCCGUCGAGCAUUACCGGCAGCCCAAGUUUCUCACUUCGUUUUUAUACUACGCCGAGUUUGUGUUCCUGGGGUUGUUCAUGAUGGAGAUGUGGGUGAAGAUGUACGCGCUGGGGCCCCGCAUCUACUUCGAGUCCUCGUUCAACCGGUUCGACUGUGUCGUCAUCUCCGGGUCAAUCUUCGAGGUCGUCUGGUCAGAAGUCAAGGGUGGUUCUUUUGGUCUCUCUGUUUUGAGAGCUCUGCGACUGCUAAGAAUAUUCAAGGUCACAAAGUACUGGUCAUCUCUAAGGAAUCUUGUGAUCUCGCUGCUGAACUCUAUGAGAUCUAUUAUCUCACUGCUCUUCCUUCUCUUCUUGUUCAUUCUCAUCUUUGCCCUACUCGGCAUGCAGCUCUUUGGUGGCCAGUUCAACUUUGAAGAAGGGACUCCGCCCACCAACUUUAACACGUUUCCCAUCGCGUUGCUAACUGUCUUCCAGAUCCUAACGGGCGAAGAUUGGAACGAAGUAAUGUACGACGGUAUCCAAUCACAGGGUGGCAUACAGAAGGGGAUGAUUUACUCACUGUAUUUCGUCAUUCUGGUGCUAUUCGGGAACUACACCCUGCUAAACGUGUUCCUUGCCAUCGCUGUCGAUAAUUUGGCCAACGCCCAGGAAUUGACAGCGGCAGAAGAGGAACAGGUUGAAGAAGACAAAGAGAAGCAGCUCCAAGAAUUGGAGAAAGAGAUGGGAGCUUUACACGCGGUGGACGGGAGUUCACCCCUAGGUGAUAUAAGUCCUUCGACCGCGACGACCAGGAAGAACAAAAAGAAAGAAGAGGCCAAAAAAGAUGAUGACGACGAGGUACUAGAUGGACCAAAACCUAUGCUGCCAUAUUCGUCCAUAUUCAUUUUGUCACCUACUAAUCCAAUCAGGCGAGGCGCACAUUGGGUUGUAAAUUUAAAGUAUUUUGAUUUUUUUAUCAUGUUAGUUAUAUGUAUGAGUUCUGUGGCAUUAGCGGCCGAAGACCCAGUAGACGAGGAGAGCGAGAGGAACCAGAUCCUGAACUACUUCGACUACGCGUUCACGUGCGUGUUCACGAUAGAGAUGCUGCUCAAGAUCGUGGACCUGGGCGUGCUGUUCCACCCGGGCGCGUACCUGCGCGACCUGUGGAACAUCAUGGACGCCGCCGUCGUCAUCUGUGCGCUUGUCAGCUUUGUGUUCGAAAUCAAAGGUGACAAGAAAGGAGCGGGACAGAAUCUUUCGACGAUAAAGUCGUUACGAGUGUUAAGAGUGCUCAGACCAUUGAAAACUAUAAAACGUGUUCCCAAGUUAAAAGCAGUGUUUGACUGUGUUGUGAACUCUUUGAAAAACGUCAUUAACAUUCUCAUAGUGUACAUAUUGUUUCAAUUCAUAUUCGCUGUAAUUGCAGUUCAACUAUUUAAUGGUAAAUUUUUUCACUGCAACGAUAUCAGUAAGAAUACUUUUGAAGACUGCCAGGGGUCGUAUUUUGUGUACGAGACGAACAGUCUGUUGCCGAAAGUGACAAAGCGGCUGUGGACGACGCAAUCCUUCCAUUACGACAACGUCGCUUCAGCCAUGCUGACGCUGUUCGCGGUGCAGACGGGGGAAGGGUGGCCACAAGUUUUGCAAAAUUCUAUGGCGGCUACGUACGAAGAUCGGGGACCCAUACAAAAUUUUCGAAUAGAAAUGUCCAUAUUUUAUAUAGUUUACUUUGUGGUUUUUCCAUUCUUCUUUGUUAACAUAUUCGUAGCUCUGAUUAUUAUCACAUUUCAAGAGCAGGGUGAAGCUGAGUUACAAGAUGGUGAAAUUGAUAAAAAUCAGAAAUCAUGUAUAGAUUUCACGAUAGAAGCGCGGCCUCUCGAGAGGUAUAUGCCAAGUAAGAGAGCGAGUUUUAAGUACAAAGUGUGGAGAAUAGUCGUCUCCACGCCAUUUGAGUACUUUAUCAUGGGCCUCAUCGUGCUAAAUACAUUGCUGCUCAUGAUGAAGUUCUAUAAUCAAAAAGACAUGUACGCGGAUAUUCUCAAGUAUUCGAAUAUGGGGUUUACCGCAAUGUUUUCUGUGGAAACGGUGUUGAAAAUCGUCGCCUAUGGUGUCAAAAAUUUUUUCAAAGACCCUUGGAAUACAUUCGAUUUCAUAACAGUCAUUGGAAGUAUUAUUGAUGCCCUGAUAAUGGAGUUUGGCGAGAAUACAUUCAACGUCGGUUUCCUCCGCCUGUUUCGAGCCGCGCGACUGAUCAAGCUGCUCCGACAAGGCUAUACCAUUCGAAUACUCCUGUGGACGUUCGUGCAGAGCUUCAAAGCCUUACCCUACGUGUGCCUUCUCAUUGCGAUGCUAUUCUUCAUCUACGCCAUCAUUGGGAUGCAGGUGUUUGGCAAUAUAGAGUUAACACCCGACUCAGAUAUGAACAGACACAACAAUUUCGGAAGCUUCAUUCAAGCACUCAUGCUGCUGUUCAGAUGCGCGACGGGCGAGUCUUGGCCGAACAUAAUGUUGGCUUGUCUGAAGCCGGCGAGGUGCGCCAAGCUAGCCAGAAAACCUGCAUCUGAGAAGUGUGGGAGCACCCUCGCCUACGCCUACUUCGUGUCAUUCAUCUUCUUCUGUUCAUUUCUUAUGUUGAAUUUAUUCGUCGCCGUCAUUAUGGAUAACUUCGAUUACUUGACGAGAGACUCGUCUAUUCUCGGCGCUCAUCAUCUCGACGAGUUCGUGAGGAUAUGGGCUGAGUACGACCCAAAUGCCACUGGCAAGAUCCAUUAUACAGAAAUGUACGAUAUGUUGAAAAAUAUGGAUCCUCCAUUAGGAUUUGGUAAUAAAUGUCCAAACCGCCUAGCAUAUAAGAAACUAAUAAGAAUGAACAUGCCGUUAGACGACGAGGGGAAAGUUAAUUUUACUACAACGUUAUUUGCCUUAAUACGAGAAAACUUAAAUAUCAAGAUGAGAACGGCUGAGGAAAUGGACCAAGCCGAUGCAGAGCUUCGAGAGACGAUAACGCACAUAUGGCCGCUGCAAGCAAAAAAGAUGCUUGACUUGCUGGUCCCGCGAAAUGACGUCCUCAACACGGGGAAGCUGACAGUAGGCAAGAUCUACGCUGGCCUACUCAUACUGGAGAGUUGGAGAUCGACUAGGUUUGGCCAGACUGAACCACAGGGCGUUCCAGUAUUGGAAUUACAAGACGUUGGGUCUCAACAUGCGUCUAUGGAGUCUCUGGACGAUGGCCGAUUGGCGGCGCAACACGCCUACCAAAAUGGACACCACGGACGAUCGUCUAGUUUAAGACGGACGCCGAGCCCGCGUCGGCGAGGACACUACGGUGGGUACCACCAUGAUAUCGGCUUCUCAGACACAGUUAGCAACGUCGUCGAGAUAGUGAAGCACGAACACGGUCGAUAUCAAAGGUCACACCACCGGCCCCCGCACCAAUAUCACCCCCAUGCAGGGAAGGAGUGGAGGGCGACGCACCCGACGACCAGCCUGAGCCUGCCCUCGCGCUCGCCCAGCCCGCCACACCACACCUACGUUUGGGCCCCGAUAGGUGGUGAGAGGGAGAGGGAGAGGGAGUGGCGGGAGUGGCGCGAGCGGUCGUGGGAGCGAGAGGGCGCGAGGCGCGGGCGGGGGAGGCAGCUGCCGCCGACGCCCACCAAGCCGUCCACGCUGCAGGUCAAGCAGGGCGCCUACCCGCAGACCAAACUCACACAUAGCCCGUCGCACUUGUCGUUAAGGCACACAGUUCGAGAAGCAGUGGAGCCUCUACACGACGAGUACGAGUACGGCCGAGAAGUUGAAAGACUGAUACACCGAGACUAUAGAUCUAGAGAAAGACGCGGCCGAGGGUACGACAGCGGGCGCGGGGGCGGCGCGGCGGGCGCGGGGGGCGAGGGCGCGGCGCCGCUGAGCUACGAGGCGGCGCUGGCGCUGGGCCGCGGCCAGGCGCGCGCGCUGCCCUCGCCCGCGCCCGCCUGCCCAACGGCUACAAGCCGCGCCCCCGCCACUCAGACUCCGACGACGACGACUGGUGCUAGCGGCGCCCCCGCGCGCGCUCCUCGCGGGACCUGCGCGCGCCGCCCGCCCCGCCCGCACCGCACCACACCUACUGAGCCACUCGCGCGCGACAAGCGAGUCGCGACAACCCCUCCCUCCCCCCUUUUGUACCACUCAUUCACCCACCCACCACCCCCUGUACAUAGACGACGACCUUGCUCAGGAUUUUGGAUGCCACCGCACGCGACCGGCAUCCAAAUUCUAGUAUUUACAAACUUUUGGAAAAUUUAAUUUUUAAUUCGCUAAAAUUUUACUCUUUAAUUUAUAUUACGGUUAAGGUAUUCGAAGUAAUGUAACAGUGCCAGACAGCUCGUUUGCGCUAGAAUUUUUACAUAAAAGAAAAUUAUUAGUCUGUAUUAUAAAAAGUAAACUUUCUAUAUUAAAUUUGCACCACAUAAUAUGGCUACCGGGGCGGGCGGGGCGCAGGGCGGCGCCCAGGCCCGCGCGCGGCCCGCCCGCCCCACUACGUUAGACAUUGGGACAACACUAGCAAUUCAUCGUCGAAAACGUAAUUCUAACUAGUGUGUAAUAUAUUAAUAAGCAAAUAAUUUUUACUUAGUUAAUAUAUACUAAAUAAAUAAACAUUUUUUAUUGAAUUUGCUGUCCUUCCCCAAAGUGCUUUAUACGUUACAUAUUUAAAUUUAAAUACAAUUAAUAGUAAAUGAAUUGUAUGUGAACUUGAAAAUAUAUUUCUGCAUUACAUAAAUUGUUAAAUUGAUAAAGAUACUGUUUAAAAAGAUUUCGUGUCCGGUUGAGUGCGUGACUUGUGUAGCUUUUCUAGCGUGUGCCUGUUCUACGAAUGAACCGUAUUUAAUAUUGUGAAUUAGUUUUCACGUUAUAAUAAAAUAGAAGUUGUGAAUUUUUCGUAGAAGUAAAGUAAAUAAAAUAAAGUGCAACCCUUUUGAGCAGCUAGUACCGGGCACAAAUGUUUUUAAACAGUGUGUAGCUAUACCUUGUAUCCGAUGAUCGUCGUAUUAAAUUUCCAUUUUGUAUGUUACGCCAUUGUCAUUAUAAUCCAUCACACGUUAGAAAAUGUUACUUGAUCGAUUAGUGUAUUUGCUUUUAAUUUUUUAAACUAUUCCAAUAAGGAGAACCGACGUUCCAUUUAAGUCCCACAUGAUUCACAAUUGGCAUAAAUCAUAAACUGACGAAACGAAAAACGGGUUCAGGUACCUACAGGCUGAUGUAUAAAUAAACGAACAUUAAUUUUAAUACCAAGGGGCAUGUGAUAAUAAAUCUAACUGUGUUUCUCAAAUAUGUGUUCAAAUAAUGUACUCGUAAUAAAUAAUUGGAAAGCAAAUACAAUACUCGAAGCGAUGGCGGACGCUGGAGCGCCAAGGGACAUUUCGUUGAAGCAUGCUGUAGGUUACGACACUAUAGAACAACAAUUUGUAAAUACAUGAUUUUCUGUGAUAACAUAAAAAAAUUGAGAAUUUUAUUAUUAGAACUGUGUGAUUGCAUAGUCGUUCAUUUCUCUAAAUCGUACCUAUAGUCGAAGUCGGAAGCUCCUCUCACGUUUUGAUUGUUGUUGUACGUUGCGAAGGACAGGUCUGGUUGUAUAGCUUUUAAGUGUGUUUCGUUUCUUUUUAUAUUUUAUGUAUGUUAUAGUUGAUUACUAGCGAUAUAUCUACACUGUGUUGGAGCGCGCAUUUCUUCCCUCAAAGAUUUAUUCCCAGUUUAUGGACGUUUGUGUGAUAUUUUAAAGCGAUGACGUGUAGAACUUAGUCACUAGCGACAGAAAAUAAAUAAUGACAUUUGCUAGAAAGUUAAUUGCGAUGUGUGUUUACUGGAUUACUUAUUGUUAAUUGAAAUCAUAAUAUAAUUAUGUUAAGAGAUGAUAUUAUAAAGAAAUUAAGUUUUAAUGUAAUUUAUAGAAGCAAUGCGUGUUCCACUAAUAACUUGUUAUUCUUGAUCUCAGAGUGUUAGAUUUCUUCUAUGUAGUUUUAUUAUUUGUCAAGAUUUACUCACAAAGAGUAUUUAUAUUGUUAUUGUAUAGAUGUAUGAGUAUUUCCGUUCUGUCAUUUGUACCUAUACUAGCGAGGUGACAGGAUGUCCAGUUUUGCCGAUGGACUUUCUAUAGCUGAAGUGACUAGUCAAGCUUGUUUCGGGAUAUGUCUUCGCUGCACACAAUAAUAUCUGACGGUCAGUUAGACAUAGAUUUUCUAUUUCAUAAUAAUAUCAUGUAGUAACAAAGCAUAAAUAAAUACUUAUAAUAAACAUUGUUAUCAGCUUUUCUAACGUAAAAUUCAUAAAAUAGUAAUUUUGAAUAUUGCUACCAAUAAUGCAGGGUCAAGACAUGUCCCUGAGGGAAGCCUGGCGAGGUCGGGAGUGCGUCCGCUUUCGUCAUUGUAAUUCCCGUUUCAACAUUACGUUUAAGACAAUUUGUAAAUAUUGUAAAAUAUACGCGACUGUUGUGUAGAGGUCGCUUGUGAAAACUAGACAUACGUCACUAGUUAAUAUUAGCUAGGUAAUCUCGUCCCCAACUGUCCUUGAAUUUGAGUUGGGAGUUUCACUGCCUUAAAGUAAUAACAAAUAUAACGUAUUCAUCGUAAUAGUUACCUUAACUACUACAUAAUAUAAGUGGCAUUUCAAGUUCUUACAUUUUAUAAUUCACGUCAGUAAUGCGUUCAAUCAUUCAUGUUGGUCGUAAGAGUGAAUGGUUGAAUACCUCACCGCCUGCGUGGCAAUAAGAGUAAAUAAUUUUGCAUGAAUUUUUACUAACUAAAUUGUAAUAAUUUUACGGUAUCAUAGACGAGUGCCUCGAUCAGGUUUGCGUAGACUGAACUUGGCAUCUGCUGACGUCACCACCGUUUGUGUCCCAGACUCGGUUUAGGAUUCUUUAGUUUGAUGCAGUAAGAUGCGUUCUUGUAACUAGAGCAAUUGCGGACUCUAUAGUCUGUUUUUUUUAUUUCAGAUGAUAAACUGUCAGAUUCUGAACGUUUCAUCAACUGUCGAUUCUCCCGCGAUUAAGUGACGUACCGUUCUAUUGGCGGGACAAUCGACCGUUCUUGAUCUGCCAAUUUAGUAUCUGUGAUGAAAAAACAGACUUCUGUACGUUUGUUAUAGGAUUUGAAUUAACAUGAGAUGAGAAUGAGCCUAGAGUAAAGAGUCCUAGCCACCUCAAGUCCGCUGAAAAUAUCGGAUGUGUAGCUUGGUAUGUAGAUGACGUGUACCUGUGCCGUGAUGUGACAUUAAUUAUGCCUGCCUUGUAUUGUCUUUAUGAAUUCGCUUCGAGACGAUCGUAUUUUAUAUAAAUUAUAAUUAAUUAAUUAUAAAAAAACUAGCAUCGGAAGUUCAUCGGCUAAAAGAGUGCACCAUAGUAUGUUUUUGGUACGUUCCGAUAACUUUACAGGAUAGUGCAUCCUAUUGAUAUUGUAUUGAUAUAAAGAACCAAACUUAAAGUUAGUAUUUAAGUAAUUUAUUAUCCUAAAACUAUACGCAUGUUUUCACCCUAUACUGGAUAAAAUGGUUAUGUACAAUACGAAGAGCUACUGUUUUAUAUAUGAAUUCUUGCUCGCCUGUAAAAUUUUGCAGAAUGAAUCAUAUUAUAAGAUUGUACAAUAUGAAUAAAUGCAAAAAAGACAUUUCCUCGAU